GGAUCAGCCCAUGGAUCUCUUAAAAUAAGACAAACUCGGCGUCGCGUCAGCCCCUGUCGUUCAGCCGCAGAGGUGGACACGCAGCUGGACAUGCGCUCAUAGGAGGAUUCUGAAGAAAGGGGAAUAGAACUACUGCAAUAAAUGGUGACAGUUGUAACCCAGCAGCCUUGGGGUAAGGCCCUGGGGCAGGAGACUGUGCAUAUGUGGCGUGUGGAGUCCGCUCAGGUGAAGGUAGAGAUACUCACUCUGGGGGCUACUCUCAAGUCUGUGCUGUGCAGAGGGAGGGACCAGCAGUGGGCUGAUGUGGUGCUGGGAUACUCUGACCUUCAGGGAUAUCUGUCAGACAAGCGUUACUUUGGAGCUGUGAUCGGCCGUGUAGCCAAUAGAAUCACUAAAGGACGCUUUGUACUCGAUGGCAAAGAAUAUCAACUGGAUAUCAACAAUGGGCCAAAUGCACUUCAUGGAGGGCUGGUGGGGUUCAACAAGGCUGUAUGGAAGGCUUUACCAGUGGAAGGAGGGGUGCAGCUGAGCCACACCAGCCCUGAUGGAGACCAGGGCUAUCCUGGAGAGGUGCAGGUCACACUCACAUACCUGCUACGGGGGGAAACACUGACUGCUGAGUAUCAAGCAAAGACUACAAAAAACACUCCGAUCAACCUCACCAACCACUCCUACUUUAACCUGGCCGGACAGAAUGCUGAUAAUGUCUACGACCAUGAAGUGUCCAUCAGUGCAGAGUGCUACCUGCCAGUGGAUAACAACUCCAUCCCCACAGGGGAGGUCAGAGCUGUUGAAGGGACUCCCUUUGACCUCAGGGGGCCAGUUUUACUUGGCCCUAGGCUGAAGAGGCUGCCAGGACCUGGGUUUGACCAUAACUUCUGCCUGUGUUCCUAUGAUGAGCCCUGGGCAGAAAGACCAGCUGCCAGGGUGUGUCACCCAGCCAGUGGCCGAGUCCUGGAGGUGUUCACCAGCCAACCAGGCCUGCAGUUUUACACCGCCAACUAUCUAGAUGGCUCUAUAAUUGGGAAGGAUGGGGUCACAUAUGGCAAACACUGCUCCUUUUGUCUCGAGACACAAAACUGGCCUGAUGCUAUCAACCAGACCUCAUUCCCUAACUGCCUGCUGCGCCCUGGUGAACUGUACCACCAUGUGACUCGCUAUACAUUCACCACCUGCUGACAGCCACAUGCCAGAUAAUACAAGCAACAUCAAUACAGUGUAAUGAUAACAUUAUAAUGAGUAUUACAAUUAUUUUAAAUGUCCAAAAUAAAAUAAAUGUGAAUCUUUCUGAGGUUUUACUUAGGUACACUAUUACUACAAUGUCUUCUUCGUGUUAGGCAUUGUAAGUCUGCCUCUUGGCAUGCUGGGGUUGGAAAAAAAAUAGUAUGAUUUUAUUAGGCCAUGAUUUUGAUUACUAAUUCAAUUAAAUUUGUUUUUGUAAAACCCCAAAUCACAUUUCCAGCAAGAUCAUUAAGUUAACCAACAGAAAGUUAGAAAAUUAAACAGUGGAACACACAUAAAUCAAUAACAGACCAGCAGCUUAACCAAUAUUCAUAGAAAACAAGCAAAUGCAUAACUGCCCCAGAACAUCCUCUGUCUUUAGACCCUUCUUCUUGGCAAGAAAAUGUUCAAAACUGUAAUUGCAGAAAAUUGCUUUUGGUAUUGGGAUCUCUAAAGCAUCACAAAGUUAACAAUAGCAUCACAUGCUUGAUGUUCCAAUCAGAAAUGGUAACAAUCUAGUACACAUGUCAAACUCAAGGCCCAGGGGCCAAAUGUGGCCCUCCACAUCAUUUUAUUUACAUCUAUGCAAAUUAAUAUGCAAUAUUUGAAACUUGAAUAAGUAAUAAAUACAGAAACAGUUAAUUAACAAGUUAAAAAGUAGUUACAUCUAUUUUCCAUCUGGCCCUUUGAGGACAGCCAUUUUGCUGAUGUGGCCCUCGGUGAAAAUGCGUUUGACACCCCUGGUCUAUUAUGUAAACUAUUGAUCACUUUUGAUUAAGCUGUAGGUGUUAUUUUUCAAAACCAUGGAAAGCUCAUUGUAUUUUUUCCUCAAAAAAGUCCAUUAGCUCAUCUCAGAAAAUUGUAACAAACUGGACUAAUCUCUCCGCUUAUGUCACUUGAGAUUGGUGUGUAAUUUUGCCUCAGCAAAAUAGAUCCUUAAAGCUCAAGCAAAGCCAAUAGUUAAAUAUGAUUGUCUUAUUAUCAAACCUUUGUCUCGGUUCCACUCUUUUGCCCUCUUCAGAAGCAUUAUGUGAUUUUAGCAGUGGGACAAUGGGAAUUUUUGCACACAAGCCUAAUGUGAUUGUUUAAUGUCUUUGUAAAUACACAAGUGCAAAUUAAAUUGUUUGGAUUCCCACAACGUAUCUGGAACCUGAUUUACAGUAUUCUACAUGGAACUUUAAAUAGUUCUGGUAGGUCUGUGUCAGGAAGCUAAAAUGCAGCUAAACAAAGCAUGAUGCUCAAACAUAAACCAACUUUCCAACCUUGGGAUGAGGGAUGCAGCUUUGAACAAGUUGGUCAGCAGUAGGCAUCCUACUGCUUCAAAGCAACAUCACAUCUGGAAAAGGGCAGAAAAGGAGUACCUUUUCAAGUUGUGAUAAAAACAUAGGUCUGAUAGUAAAGCAAAACAUAGCAUAAUCAUAUCAGAGGGUGUGAUGACUCCAACUGAACUAUAAAGUAAAUAUUUUUGUUUGUCAAACAAUUUACUUAACCAAUUGAAAUACAUAAAGCAUUGUUUAGACACUUAAAUACAGCAUUAGCUUCUGUCAAACACUAGAGUGCGCUGCACGACCUGUGGCUGCCCAGCUGUCUGAGAGGUUGGUUGGGAAGCAGGGCUUUGGUUCAGUGCAACCUUAAUGUACUUUGUUAAGGCAUAGCAGUGUAUUCUAUGGACAAUAACAAUAAAUGGCAUUUACCUGAUAUCUGCCACACAUGCAUGUUGGCCCC